UUUAUCUUCUGCAAAACCUCACCUUAGUCGGCACCGCCGCUAGUCGUUUGGGUGCUGUUUUCCAUCGAUUUCUUCACCCUUUUCAUCCAUUGAGUCAUUCCCCAGCAAAUAUGUCCAAGAUCUAACCGAAAUCGAACUUUUGUCUGCAAAAUCCUCCAUCCCCCUGCAACCAACCCAAGUCUUAUUGGCCCUUUCUGACGUCGACAACUGCCCUCAAUGCCACCAAAACACUUCCCUCAACCUCCUGAAUGAAACUCAUCUUUCCCCCUCCCUAUUCGUCCCACUAAUCGCUAGCUAUAGUCCACUGUUGUGGCCGCGUGAUUUUUGCCAAUUUCAAUCAAUUCCUUCACUAGAAACCACCCCCCUCACCACCAUUCUUCUGACCGGCACCCCUUCUCCAAAACCCCCCCCCAACACCGUUCACUCACCGAUUGUUGCCCUCCUUUCUAGGGUUUGUUUCUUUGCAAAAUUGGGGUUUUUGCUCGUUUGAUGAAAUUAUGGUAUUUUGGAGGUUCAUUCUUGAAAUUGGAAGUUGUAGAAGUGUUCUGUGUGUGUGGAUUUGAUUUUUCUGGCUGCCGGUGACCCCUUAUCGACGGAUUUCUAAAGCUCUAAGCCACGCCCACCAAUUGCUUAACGAAAGUCUCAAGCCAAUUUCCAACAGCCCACACCUAUGUGCACCACGCUUGUGCAAUUGCCCCUGUGCACAAGCUGAUGAACCUCCAUUGUCGGAUUUUGGAGAGUUGUUUUUGUUUUGACUAUUGAUUGUAAUUGAUUGAAUGGUGGGUUGAUUGAUUAAAAAAAAAAUAGACUAGAUGGUGGUGGUGGUGGUGGAGUAGAAGGAGGAGGAGGUGGGGGUGAUUCUAGUUAUGAUGGAGGCUAAAAAGAGAUGACGAAGAGAGAAGGGUAUUUCCGUCUUUACAAUGAAUAUCAUUGUAUUUAACAGAAAAUAAUGUUUGGGUAGUAAAGUGGUAUUUUGAAACUUUUUGGGUGCGAAAGUGCUAUUAAGGCAAACCUUGGGUGGGACAAAGUUGUUUACUCCUGUUAUAAUCAAUUCCUAUUUGUGAAGCCAAGAGAUACAGUAGAAUAGUGACUUAGUGAGUGUUAGUACUACAAUUUGGUUUCAUUUAGGAAGAAUAAAAUACUUUACUAAAGGUUGAAAUGGUCAAAUCAAAAUAUCUAUAGUUCUAUACUAAAUUUUAUUUGCCCUAACAUAAUUCAAUUUAGGUCUAAGCCCAAUAGGCCAAUGCUAGCACACUUACAGCAAAACCUUGUUUCUCAAUCCUGUGUCACUGGAUUCUGGACAAAUGGAACCCAAACUCCCCGUAAAAGCAGAAGUGGGAACCGUAGACACCUCCACAGAUGAUAUCUCCACCACUCUUCAGCCCCCUAAGGUGUUCGUUUUAGCUGACCUCAACGUUAAUCCACCGGAAACCGACGGCGAACCCUCAGCUCCCGACCUCUCUAAGUUGAUGAAUGAGGAUAGUAAUCCUAGUCAAAAAGAGACGGAUUUAGCAGAAGGAGAAGGUAAAAAACUGAACAAAUUGGGUAAAUGUCGCUCAAGAAUUAGUAGGUUAGAUUCCUCUCUUGAUUAUGGAGGUGAUGGGGAUGGGGAUCAGCCUGGUCAAGGGACUACCUCUUCUCGUGAAGAAAAAGGCUUAGUACAUGUAGCGAGGAAAAUGCCGAAAAAUGCCCAUGCUCAUUUUCUGCUUGGCCUGAUGUAUCAAAGGUUAGGUCAGCCUCAAAAGGCUAUUUUGGCAUAUGAGAAGGCAGAAGAGAUUCUUCUCCGCUGUGAGGCAGAAAUUGCUAGGCCAGAUUUGCUUUCAUUGGUCCAAAUUCAUCAUGCACAGUGCAUUCUACUUGAAAGUAGUUCGGGGGAAAGUAGUUUGGAUAAAGAACUUGAACCUGAAGAGCUUGAGGAAAUUCUUUCCAAACUGAAGGAUUCAAUGCAAUCAGAUAUAAGGCAGGCACUUUUAUGGAAUACCUUAGGGUUGUUACUACUAAAAACUGGCCGUCUGCAGAGUUCUAUAUCAGUUUUAUCAUCUUUAUUGGCUCUGGACCCCAAUAACCAUGACUGCCUUGGAAACCUUGGGAUUGCUUACCUUCAAAGUGGAAAUUUGGAGCUAACAGAAAAAUGUUUUCAAGAUCUGAUACUAAAAGAUCAAAAUCAUCCUGCUGCCUUAAUCAACUAUGCCGCCCUUCUUUUGUGUAAAUAUGGUUCAGUUGUUGCAGGAGCUGGUGCAAAUGCUGGUGAAAGUGCUUGUUCGGAUCAGGUUGCAGCUGUCAAUGUUGCAAAGGAGUGUUUGCUAGCAGCAUUAAAAGUGGAUCCCAAAGCAGCACAUAUAUGGGCAAAUCUAGCUAAUGCAUAUUAUAUGACUGGUGACCACAGAAGUUCUGGCAAUUGCUUGGAGAAGGCAGCAAAACUAGAGCCCAAUUGUAUGUCUACUCGUUAUGCAGUUGCAGUCCACCGUAUCAAGGAUGCUGAAAGAUCUCAAGAACCUAGUGACCAGCUUUCCUGGGCAGGGAAUGAAAUGGCUUCCAUAUUAAGAGAGGGAGAUACUGUUCAGAUAGACCCUCCCAUUGCAUGGGCUGGACUUGCAACAGUUCAUAAAGCUCAUCAUGAGAUUGCGGCUGCUUUUGAAACAGAGCAAAAUGACUUGAUGGAGAUGGAAGGGCGUGCUAUAUACAGUUUAAAGCAGGCAGUUGCAGAGGAUCCAGAUGAUGCUGUACGGUGGCACCAGCUUGGCCUUCAUAGUCUCUGCUCCCGGCAAUUUAAAACUGCCCAAAAGUACAUCAAGGCUGCAGUUGCCCGUUUUAAAGAAUGCAGCUAUGCAUGGUCAAAUCUCGGCAUCUCACUGCAGUUAUCAGAUGAAACAUCACAAGCUGAAGAUGUAUACAAGCGGGCUUUGGCAUUGGCAACACCUGAUCAGGCACACGCAAUUUUUUCCAACUUUGGAAAUCUCUACCGACAGCAAAGACAAUAUGAGUCUGCCAAGGCAAUGUUUACUAAAGCACUUGAACUUCAGCCUGGUUACGCUCCUGCAUUUAACAAUCUAGGUCUGGUAUUCGUUGCUGAGGGUCGAUGGGGGGAAGCCCAGUUCUGUUUCAACAAAGCCCUGGAGGCAGACCCAUUGCUGGAUGCAGCUAAGUCCAAUAAGAUAAAGGCCGUGGCCAUGGCUAGAUUGGGCGGAGCACUAUCCUCCUGUUUACUUGAAGAAUAAUCUAUAGGCAAGUGAGGGUAAGUCGCUUUUCUCCAUCCUAAAUUUAGGUUUGUAAAGCUAUUAUUUUAAGAAGCACAUGCUUUCACUUGUAUCUUGAUGCUUUAUUUUGGAACAAGAAGUGUUUUUCAUUUUUCAACAAGAAAGAAAAAAAAUUCAGGUCCAUAUACAACUAAGAAUUUCUUCCCAGGGUACGUUUUCUAUGAGCCUUUAGCCUUUAGAUGAUCUGGUGAAGGUGAUUGUUUAUAUGUAUAUAUAUAAUUAGGGAAACACAAUUUAGAUUGAAGAUCUUAAUAGGAAUUUAAAUUGAAAAACCAAGUUGCUGUAAUGGCAAAGACAAUGAGUUGGGAAUUGUCUAUCACGGUUCAACUUGUUUCGAGAAAUGAAUCCAUAG